AUUCACCCACUGCGGUGGUUUGCUAGCGAACCUAAAACAUUGAUGUGUAUAUUACUCUUGGUGUUUAGAACAUAAUUCUGUUUACGUGUUUACGUUUCUACUAGUUCAUUUAAACGUGAUUUGAUACGGCACGAGGCUAAUCGCUCGGAACAUGAGCUCACUAAGCUCGACGGAGAAAGAAGCUCUGGUGAAAGGAGAGGAAGAAGCUUUCAGGAUGAAAAGAGAGGAAGAGGAGGCUAUCACAUUGAAAGAAGAAGAGGAGGCUAUCACAUUGAAAGAAGAAGGGGGUGAUAUUACAGUUAAAGAGGAAGAUGGGAAAGAGGUUGUCAAAGUGGAAGGGGAGGAGGUAGAAGCUUUCAGAAUCAAAAAGGAGGAAGAUGCCAUAACAUUGAAAGAAGAGAAUGAAGUGAAAGAAGAGGAAGAACCAUUUGGAGUAAAAGAGGAAGAGGAGGAUAUCUCAAUAAAACAGGAGGAGACUGAAGUUCCGAUUUCCACCAGAGAGAGACAUGACUAUCCUGGAUCCUCUGGGGAGCCUCAACAACAUCCUGAUGUUGACGAGGCAGAGAAGAGUCUCUCCAGAUCAGAACACCAGAUGGACAACGCUAGCCCUUCCUCCCUCCCGGAGUCCCCGUGUCGUGCCUCUCCCGGUAGCACCUUACUGCUGGGUAUGAAGAGGUUGUCUGUGCUGCUGGUGGACUGCAGGAAAACAACAGGGCUGACUGGAACUGUGAGAGGAGGAGAAGAGAAGGAAGGAUCAGAUUUGACACAUCAAAGAGGAAAACCAAACUCUGCGGAACCAGGGACGUCCAAACCAGCAAGACAACACCUCUGCUCCCAGAUUGGAAAGAGUUUUACCAAGUUAGGAAGCCUGAAAAGACAUGAGAGGACACAACCAGCAGAGAAGCCACACAGCGCACAGUGUGGAAAAGUUUUAACCAGUUAG